AUGAAGACAUCUUUUACUAUUAACCCAUCAUGUUUUGGGUAGUUUGUUCGGCCUAAAUAAAAUGCACAACCUAAACAAAUUGUUAAACCAGAAUCUGAUGAUGAACUUAAAGUAAAUUUACUAUCUAAUAUAUAGUAAUUUGAUGAUCAAUAUCAUCUAAAUAAUUAGAAUUAGUAACUUAUCAAAAAUAGAUCAAUAACAAUAUGUUCAAAUACAUCAACAUUGCCUGAGACUUUAUCUACUUCUUUUCAUAAUUAUGAACUAAAUUAAUCUGUUUUAGAAUAGAAUAAAGAAGAUAUAUUUUACAAAACUAUGCCUACUUCAUUUUAGUAAUUCCAAUUCAAAAAUAAAAGAAGAUAUGAACCUUAAAUUUAAACUACACAAUAUUAAAUUAAAUUAGAUUAAGUAAUUAUUUAAAACACUAUCUUAGAUUCCUGCAGAUUAGAGAACCACUUUAAUGAUAAGGAACAUUCCAAAUAAAUAUACCUAGCCUAUGUUAUUGGAGAAUAUGGAUAUCAAUCAUAAAGACAAAUAUGAUUUUUUUUAUCUUCCAAUUGAUUUUACUGUAAAAUUUUCAUAUAUCAAAGAAUAAAUGUAAUGUAGGUUAUGCCUUUAUCAAUUUUUUGGAUUAAAAAUUCAUUCCUAAAUUUUUUAUAGAAUUCCAUGGAAAAAAAUGGAAACUCUUUAAUUCAGACAAAGUAAGUAUAAGAAAAUAAAUUUAGAUCUGUGAAAUAACUUAUGCAAGGAUUUAAGGAGUUGAAUAAUUAUAAGGACAUUUUCAAUAUUCUACGAUAAUGUAAGAAAAGGUAUUUAAUAUAAUGGAAGUUUAGGAUAAGAGGCUCAAACCAAUUUUUAAGAAAAACCAAUCAGAUUAAUAAUUCAAAAGAAAAUGA